CACAGAGCAAACCCAUAGCCUCCGUGGGUAGUGUGAGCAACCGUGAAUACUAAUUUGAAUCCCCGACAGGGAUUUGAGUCCAAACGCUUUUUUGAAUUCUCAGCCCCGAUGGCCACCAUUCAUCAGCUGAAAAGCCGGGGCACCCUGGAGGAUUCCGUCUCCCUCAAGGUGGCGGGAGAACUGCGUAUGGACAACGGCAAGAUCAAGUGUCAGCUAACUGAUGGCAAAGAAAACAUUCAGACUGUGUUCACCUCCCAGAUGGCCCGUGAGUUCGGUGGUGAGCUGAAGAGCGAGUCUUUGGUGCGCGUUCACGAGGGAAGCAUCAGCGCAAUCGGCGAUAGCCAUGUCCUGAUCGUUGCCAAGGCUGAGCUUCUGCAAGGCGGCCCCGGGGCGGCCGGCGAGCCUGCCAGCGGGGCCGCCGAGGUGGCCAAGCAGGAACCGGUGUCGAUGCAGAUAGAGGCAGCAAAGACGCCAGCAGCCGCACUCAAGAGUUCCGCAGCGCUGAGCAAGAGCUCGCCCUGCAUCACACCCGCCAGCCAUCCCACCCCACCGUCGGCCGGCUGGGGGCAGAAAAUGGGGUCCGCAACCAAGCGCCCGCUGCAGCCCAUCAGCGCUCUGAACCCCUACAACAACAAUUGGGCAAUCAAGGCCAAGGUGGUGUCUAAAGGCUCAAAGCGCAGCUUCUCACGUGGCAGCGUGUUCAGUGCGGAGGUCGUCGAUGAGCAGGGGACCACCAUCGAGGCCACCUUCUGGCGGGAGGCAGCAGACCACGCGUAUGAGCUGCUGGAGGAGGGCAAGGUAUACAUUUUUGGCCGCGGCAAUGUGAAACCUGCCGACAAGCGCUACAGCCGCGUGCGCAACGACUAUGCCCUGCAUUUUGACACCGCCUCGGAGUUGGAGAGCUGUGCCGAUGACAUCGACACCAGCAAGAUGCAUGUCAAGAUGGAGUUUGUGCCAAUUGAACAGCUGGCUGCGUUUGUAGACAAGAAGAUGAUGGUGGAUAUCGUUGGGGUGGUGAUGGAUGUGAAGCCCCUGGGCAGUGUGAAGCGCAAGACGGACCAGGUGGAGCUGUCGCGGCGCGACAUCACCCUGGUGGACCAGAGCCUCAAGACCGUCGUGCUUACGAUGUGGGGCAACGCAGCCGAGGCCGCAGGGCGAGAGAUAGAGGAGCUUGUGCAGCAGGCGCCUGUCGUGGCCAUCACAGCCUGCCUGAGCAGCCUGCAGCGCAGCGCUGUUCUGAUCAACCCGGACGUGCCUGAAGCAGUGGCGCUUCGGCAGUGGUACGACUCUUCGGGACGCGGCGCUGCCAUGUCCCACGUCGGCGAGGGCCUGGCCACUGCGCUCAAGCACAGCGGCUCGAGUGCCGGGCAGGAGCGUGCCUCGCUGGAGCUCUUUCGGGCGGCGGCACCAGCUACAACACAAGACAAGCCACACUAUUCCACUGUCACAGCCACUUUUGCCAUGGUCAACCCCGAUCAGGCACUGUUCUACAUGGCCAACCCUGAGAACAACAGGAAGGCAAGCACGACGGCGCCGCGUCUCUGCCCUGGUUUCAUGGGGUUGCUUUGCGCUCUUUGUGUGUUGGUUGUGGAGCAGGGGCCCGGCCAGUACUUUUGCGAGUACGAUGGCACCACCCUGUCCUCGAUGGUGCGCCGCUACAUCUUCAAUGCCAAGGUCAUGGAUGUGAGCGGCGAGUGCUCGGUGCAGGUGUUCAAUGAGCAGGCGGAGCAGCUGCUGGAGAUGAAGGCCGAUGAGCUGGCCGAGCUGCGCGAGACAGAUGCCAAGCAGUUCCAGGAGGUGCUCAAGUCGGUUCUGUGGAAGGACAACGUGCUGCGCCUUAAGGCGCAGGCGCAGUGCUUUGAAGAAGACGUGGAGAUCGGCUUCAUUGCCGGCGGCAUCAGCAACGCGCUGUUCAAAGUGGCGCCCGCCCUACCGCCGCCCGAGGCGCCAUCUGAGGGGCGGCGCGCCGUGCUCCCGCCCGUGGCCUUCCGCAUAUACGGCGACAACACGGAACAGCGAGUCAUGUUUUGCGUUGGUGAUCCGGGAUACAUCACAUUUGCGUACUGCAAGCAGCAGGCGGCAGAAGUGGGGUACAUCCCGGCUGUCCCGCAUAUGCAGCCCGAGGAGCUGGCCGGCCCCGAGUUUGUGCCGACGAUUGCUGCCUCGCUGCGCCGCUUCCAUGACAUCCCCGCGCCGCGGCAGCAGGUGUUUGCCAACUUUGAUUUCGCAGCCAUGAGAGCAGAGGUGCAGACGGUGGAGGCUGCCGCUGCUGCCAUGCACUCGCCCGUGGUGUUUGCCCAUAACGACCUGCUGUCAG